AAAAAAUGUACAGUUAUGACAUGUUUCUUCUUCUUAAAAAACAAAUGUGCAGAAGCGUUUAAACACCUGUAGCCUACAGGUGAUUUACACAGCAGCUACUGUUUUUUUUAGGCGCCACAUAAAAAAUCUUUUCUUCAUCCAAGAGGGUUCCCCGCAAAAUCUAUCUGCAGAAAAUAGCGACUUUUCUCACCUUAGACUGUGAGCGCUCGCCUGUUGCGACGAUGUCUCGUGUCUGUGUUGUAUGUGCAGGCUGUAUUUCACGGUUGCCUCAUGGAUAGUACACUUACCACUUAUCUUUGGCGGUUUCCAGUCCAGUGAAGAGCAACGCUGCACCUGUCCCAGAUGACGCGCCCUCCUGGCACGGGAUAACCGCUCCCAUCAGCGAGGAUCUUCCUGAACCCGCUGACCUCAUCCGCACCAAAAAACUGAUCGACACCCUCGUAUCACACGGUGUCUUUGAGGACGAGGUGCAGCUGCAGCACAGAGAGAAAGUUUUGAGGGCGCUGGAGUCGCUCUUCAAGGAGUGGCUCGCUGCAAUGUGUGUGGAAAUGAACAUACCUGAUUAUGUCACGGAGCAAGUCGGGGGCAGGGUGCUGCCAUUUGGCUCCUACCAACUGGGAGUUCAUGCCAAAGGUGCUGAUAUUGACGCCCUUUGCGUCGGACCCGGCUUCAUACCGAGGAAAGAUUUCUUCUCCUCAUUCUACGAGAAACUGAAAUCCCAGGAGGGGGUCAGAGACAUCCGGGCCAUUGAAGAAACAUUUGUCCCCGUGAUCAAGCUCGGCUUCGAUGGAAUUGAGAUCGACUUGGUUUACGCUCAGUUGCCUCGAAAGAGCAUAUCUGAGAAACUUAACCUCCUCGACAACAAGUUGCUCGAGGCCAUGGACAAACACAGCAUCAGGAGUCUCAAUGGCUACAGAGUUACGGAGACAAUCCUCAGUCUUGUGCCCAACGUUCUCAGCUUCAGGCUCGCAUUAAGAGCCAUCAAGCUCUGGGCCAAACGACGCAACAUUUACUCGAACAUGAUGGGCUUUCUGGGUGGAAUUUCAUGGGCCAUUCUGGUCGCCAGGAUUAGCCAAGUCUACCCGAAUGCGACGGCGUCCACCAUCGUCGCUAAGUUUUUCAAAGUGUACUCCAUGUGGUCGUGGCCGAUCCCGAUUCGCCUGAGAGAAGUGGAGGACUGUCACUACAACCUGCCUUUUUGGGAUCCCAGGUUUAGUCUUAGUGACCGCAACCACCCGAUGCCCAUCAUCACCCCCGUGUACCCGCAGCAGAACACGUCCUUCAACGUGUCUCCAUCCACGCAGGCGAUUAUAUCUGAAGAGAUCGAUCGGGGCUACGCCAUCGCUCAGGACAUUCAACAGAAAAAAGCAAACUGGUCCACACUGUUCGAAACUCCCAACUUUCUUGAGAAAUACCAGCAUUACGUUCUGCUGCGAGCGACGUCUGCGACAGAGGAGCAGCAUGUUGACUGGUCUGGCUUGGUGGAAUCGAAAGUCCGACUGCUGGUCGGAACCCUGGAGAGAAACGCGCACAUCGCCAUCGCUCAUGUCAACAUCCAGCCCUUCUCUGGACCCGAGAAGACCGGUGACAGAGAAGGAAUGAGCACAAAGUGGCUCAUUGGACUCUUCCUGAAGAGGGAUCGGUCGAAGAACCAGAGAAUAGACCUGGCCACAAGCCUCCUUUCCUGGAGUGACACCGUCUACAGCCUGGCGGAAAAAGGUCAACUUUAUAAAGAGGGGAUGAGCCUGUCGGCAACGUGUGUCACCAGGGACAGUCUGUGCAGGGGGUCACCUGGACGUGGCGAAGGCAUUUCCCACGAGCCGAAGCCUUCAGUGAGCCCACAAACAUUGGCCACGGUGCCACAGACUCCUGUGAAGCAAGGCACCAAGAGGAAAGCCGGGCUCCAGAAUGAACAUCCAAUCAAGAGGAUGAGAGCGGACAAGGAGCUGGUGCCUGUGAAAGAAGGCUCGCCUGUGCAGGCGUCUACACCGGCUCCAUCCCACGUCAACAAAGUCAAGCUUCCACAGGCCAUAGGGGGACCUAGUCCUCCCUCGGAAGAAACUCCUGCAAAGAAGUCUAAAUGUUCUGAUGAAGCAACUCCCAGUCCAGAGAAGUCCCCCGCCAGCGCCUCGCCCUGUAAGAGUGCGUCGUCUUCCAGUGCGAGCCCACCAGCCAUGAAGAGACCUUGCAGUCCCGUGCCGGACAGGCCCGCCAAACCCUUGACAUCUGACCUGUCCACUGAUGAGCUGUGCGACCUCUUUCCGGGCCCGUCCACACCCGUCACCAAGGUGAAACGUGGCAUUAAGCUACAACUCGUCAGGCGCAACGGUUGGUAGUUGAGCCUCGGACGUCCUGAUUUAACCCCUAACCCAGGUGCCUAUCCCUGACCUCCCUAACACCCCUGACCCUAACUCCAACAAAAUCUUCCUCCUCUCAUUUUUACCCACCUCAUGUCUGUACUGAUCAUUGUGUCUUUAAUAAAUUAUGUAGUAUUGUGAAUAUCCUGCUCUCAAAUUAAAUUAAAUUAAAUCACAACAACCUGA